GCUGGCUCCAUGUCUGUGUGACCGGCCCCAGGGGUAGAGUCCAGGCCCGACGCGGGGCGGGCCGGCGGCGGCGGCGGCGGCGGCGGCGGCGGCUGAGGUGAGAGACGGCGGCGGAGGCGGCGCGGGCACCCGGCCCCCCAGCGGGAGGAUGAAGCGGCGGAACGCCGACUGCAGUAAGCUCCGCCGCCCCCUAAAGCGGAAUCGGAUCACCGAGGGCAUCUACGGCAGUACAUUUUUGUACCUGAAAUUCCUGGUAGUGUGGGCACUUGUCCUCCUGGCCGAUUUUGUCCUGGAGUUCAGAUUUGAGUACCUGUGGCCAUUUUGGCUUUUCAUCAGGAGCGUCUAUGAUUCCUUCAGAUACCAGGGGCUGGCCUUCUCAGUAUUUUUUGUUUGUGUAGCAUUCACGUCAAAUAUAAUAUGUCUGCUGUUCAUCCCCAUACAAUGGCUUUUUUUUGCUGCUAGCACCUAUGUGUGGGUUCAGUACGUAUGGCACACAGAAAGGGGAGUGUGUUUGCCCACGGUGUCCCUCUGGAUACUCUUUGUUUAUAUUGAAGCAGCGAUUAGAUUUAAAGAUCUCAAAAAUUUUCAUGUAGACCUUUGUCGUCCCUUUGCUGCUCACUGCAUUGGGUACCCCGUGGUGACUUUGGGCUUUGGCUUCAAAAGUUACGUAAGCUACAAAAUGCGGUUAAGGAAGCAAAAGGAAGUGCAGAAAGAGAACGAAUUUUACAUGCAGCUUCUUCAACAGGCCCUCCCCCCGGAGCAACAGAUGCUCCAGAAGCAAGAAAAAGAAGCCGAGGAAGCAGCCAAAGGAUUGCCUGAUAUGGAUUCCUCGAUCCUUAUACACCACAACGGAGGUAUUCCAGCCAACAAAAAACUCUCCACAACUUUGCCAGAGAUAGAAUACCGAGAAAAAGGGAAAGAAAAGGACAAGGAUGCCAAAAAACACAACCUUGGAAUAAAUAACAACAAUAUUCUACAACCUGUAGACUCGAAAAUACAAGAAAUUGAGUAUAUGGAAAACCAUAUCAAUAGUAAAAGAUUAAAUAAUGAUCUUGUGGGAAGUACAGAAAAUCUCUUGAAAGAGGACUCAUGCACUGCUUCCUCAAAAAAUUACAAAAAUGCCAGUGGAGUUGCGAACUCCUCACCUCGCAGUCAUAGCGCCACAAAUGGGAGCAUUCCUUCCUCUUCUAGUAAAAACGAGAAGAAGCAAAAAUGCACUAGCAAGAGCCCAAGUGCUCACAAGGACUUAAUGGAAAACUGUAUUCCUAAUAACCAGCUAAGCAAGCCAGACGCACUGGUGAGGCUGGAGCAAGAUAUUAAAAAGUUAAAGGCCGAUCUGCAGGCCAGCAGACAAGUGGAACAGGAGCUCCGCAGCCAGAUCAGCUCCCUCUCCAGCACCGAGCGAGGGAUCCGCUCAGAGAUGGGCCAGCUCCGGCAGGAGAACGAGCUGCUGCAGAACAAAUUACAUAAUGCUGUGCAAAUGAAGCAAAAAGACAAGCAGAAUAUCAGCCAGCUGGAGAAAAAGCUAAAAGCUGAGCAGGAAGCCCGAAGUUUUGUAGAAAAGCAGUUAAUGGAGGAGAAAAAAAGGAAGAAGUUAGAAGAAGCCACUGCUGCCCGGGCCGUUGCAUUUGCUGCUGCGUCGAGGGGGGAGUGCACCGAAACCUUACGGAAUCGGAUCAGAGAAUUAGAAGCAGAGGGCAAGAAGCUCACGAUGGACAUGAAGGUGAAAGAAGACCAGAUCAGAGAACUAGAACUGAAAGUUCAGGAGCUUCGGAAGUAUAAGGAAAAUGAGAAGGACACUGAGGUGUUAAUGUCCGCCCUCUCGGCCAUGCAAGACAAAACACAGCACCUGGAGAACAGUCUGAGCGCAGAGACGAGAAUCAAGCUGGACCUGUUCUCUGCACUGGGGGACGCCAAGCGACAGCUCGAGAUCGCCCAAGGACAAAUUCUUCAGAAAGACCAGGAAAUCAAGGACCUUAAACAGAAGAUAGCCGAAGUCAUGGCCGUCAUGCCCAGCAUAACGUACAGCGCCACGACCAGCCCCCUGAGCCCCGUUUCCCCCCACUACUCUUCCAAAUUUGUGGAGACCAGCCCCUCCGGACUUGAUCCCAAUGCCUCUGUUUACCAGCCCCUGAAGAAAUGAAGGCCAGCUGUGGCUUUCGCCCAGCCAUUUGGUUACCAGAAGGCAUCCCAAAGGAGCGUCUCUGGCAGUCAAGAUAAAAAAAAAAAAAAAAAAAAAAAAGUUUAUAUUGUAUUUUGUGGGACUGUAUAUGUUGUCGUUUUUAAAAAGGGGGGAAAGAUAACAUCCAAGUCUGAUUAGAACUGCCCAUCAGUUUUUCUUGUAAAUUUUUAGAAGACCUCACAGAACUUUGCAGUUUAUUUUUUCUCGGCCAACACAUUAAAACCAUUCUUGGAUUUCAA